GCGCGCAUCGAGCGCAUGGAAAGGCGGGUGCAGCUGGUGAAGAAGGACAGCGAGCGGGAGAAGCACCGCAUCUUCCAGGGCUUUGAGGUGGACGAGAAGCCAGAGGCAGAAGCGUGCGAGAAGCUGCCCCUGGAAUGUCCCCAGGAUCUGCUGGAGCACCCCCCGACCCUUCAGCCCAAACACUUCCCCUAUGGCCGCAACGGGAAGGGGCAUAAAAGGAAGCCAACAUUUGGGAGCACGGAGAGGAAGACGCCCGUUAAAAAACUGGUGUCUGAGUUCUCCAAAGUGAAGAGUAAAACUCCAAAGCACUCCCCGGGGAAGGAGGAAUUGGGCGGCUCCUUGUCAGAAACUGUUUGUAAACGAGAACUGCGGAGCCAAGAGACUCCAGAAAAACCCAGGUCGCUCUUGGAGACCCCACUCCGAGCCUCAGCCCUGCCAAAGGGCCCUGGUGCCAACCCCAAGGAGAAGAGCUUCUUCAGCAGCGAGGCAGACGACCUGCCGUAUCUCUCCACCACGGAGAUGUACUUGUGCCGCUGGCACCAGCCGCCACCAUCGCCACUGCCGUUGCGGGAGCCCUCCCCAAAGAAGGAGGAGACUGUGGCAAUUCCAUCUUGGAGGGACCAUGUUGUGGAGCCCCUGAGAGACCCCAACCCCUCAGACAUCCUGGAGAACCUGGAUGACAGCGUCUUUUCCAAGCGUCAUGCAAAGUUGGAGCUGGAUGAGAAACGAAGGAAAAGGUGGGACAUCCAGCGGAUCAGGGAACAGAGAAUUCUACAGCGGCUGCAGCUCCGAAUGUACAAAAGGAAAGGGAUUCAGGAGUCGGAACCUGAAGUUACCUCAUUUUUCCCUGAGCCAGAUGAUGUGGAAAGCUUGCUUAUAACCCCGUACCUGCCUGUUGUCGCCUUUGGCCGGCCCUUACCAAAACUGACCCCACAGAACUUCGAGCUGCCCUGGCUGGAUGAGCGCAGUCGCUGCCGGCUGGAGGUGCAGAAGAAGCAGACACCACACCGGACCUGUCGGAAAUAG